UUACGUUUAGCGACAUAAUCAUUUAACGCGCAAAUACGGACUUCUUAUUGGCUAAAUGAAACGCGAUGCGAUACGGCAAAGGGUUCCGCAGUUUUUAGCCAAUGACGCUGCGAUGAAACACACCGUAAAGAUCAGAAACUGAAGAGUGAAGUAAACAGUAAAUAGGUUAUGCUACAUAACCUAGUCGUCGGUUACUUCAAGUUAUUUCCAGUGUUUCUAUAGAGUUGAAAAAAUUUGUCAGCAAGUUUUCGAGGAGAAAUAAGAAAAAUGGCAUCGAACGAAGAAAACGUCAUCGUCGAGGAAGACGCUGACCGGGUGAAAAUCCGCGAGGAAUUAUCAACAAUGAGCUUCGAGGAUUUGCAAAAAUUGAAGCAAAAGCUUGGCACGAAGGUUUACAACGAGGCGAUGUUCGGAGCGAGUCGCAGGAAGAAGACCGACUUCAAAAGAGAAAACAAGAACAGACCUCGCGAGACGACGUCGAAGCUCCAGGUGCCGAGGUUCAAGGAAAUCGUACCCGUAAAGAAAAAAAUUGUCAGAGACCCACGGUACGACAGUCUGUGCGGAACGUUCAACGAGAAGGCGUUUAAAAAUUCGUAUAAAUUUCUCAACGGUAUCGUGGAGAAUGACAUCAAAGCGCUGAAAAAGGAACUUGACGAAACCGAGGAUCCCAAGAUGAUCAAAAAGAUAAAAUACCUAAUUCAAAGGCUCGAGAACCGACAGAGGGAAGAAAAGAGACGAGAAAUGAAGGAGCUCAGAGUAGCUGAAGAGAAACAGGAGAAAAUCGAGACUCUUAAACGCGGCGAGAAGCCAGUUUUCAAAAAGAAAUCCGAGAAACGAGUGCUCGAAUUGGUGAGUCAAUACGAGGAAUUGAAGAAAUCUGGAAAAUUGAAAAAGCACAUCGAACGUUUGCGCAAAAAGAACGCCAGCAAAGACAGAAAGAAACUCUCUAUACAGGAUACGGAACGAUGAAUAUAUACGGUUAUUAUUAAUACUACUGUUAUUAUUAUUAUUAUUAU